GAGGCAGUCCAUCCGUCUGCGUGUAUUCACCCAACUGUAGAUUCGACGCAUCUUCACUUCAUAACAUAAGUAGUUUACAGAUUCGGGAAGCCUUUACAUCAAACUUACUCAGGCGGAGCUGACAUACCUGUCAUAAUGGAUAACGCUUGAGCCUGGCCUACAGACGUGGCAGAAAUCGUUGAUGGCCUCAAUAUGACCGAUACAACACCCACAGACACCAACAGACCAGUGUUCAGCCUGGCCUUCUUUCUGCUCGUGCUACUGGCUGUGUCGACAGUCAUGGCCAAUUCCCUAAUACUGGCUGCUUUUUACUUGGAGAAGAAACUGCGGACGUACACCAACUACUUCAUCCUCAACAUGACCAUCGCGGACUUUGUCGUUGGAUCCAUCUGCAUGCCGAUCCGGUCAAUGAUCCAUCUCUAUGACGGUUGGCCCUUUGGCAAGGUGGCCAGUAUCUUUUUCAUGGGGUUUCAGAACUCUAUCCUGGGCGUGUCUGUUUGUGGCGUUGUCGUGGUCUGUAUUGAUAGGUACCUGGCGACGUUUUAUCCCAUUCAGCACUAUCAGAGAAGGAGUAUCCGCAAGGCUACAUUGGUCAGUAUUUUCACGUGGGUCUCAUCCUUUGGGCUGUGGAUGAUGAUGUCCACCGCCUGGGACUUCAUCGACCCAAACAACCUUGUCACAUCGUCUGGUUUCUCCAGACCGAACUAUUCCUUGACCUACACGUCUAGCCUGUUCAUGUUUGCUCUCCGAUUUGGCUUGCCAUUCGUCAUUAUGACUGGUUUAUACGUCCGAAUAUACUUCCGGGUCAAGAACAUCGGCAACCUCUCAAGAUAUAUGAGGAAGAAGAAAAACUUGGAAAAAGAGCUGUCCGUUACCGAUUCCGUUUUCACAGGUGAAGAAUCGAGUACCGUAACUACAACUGGUCUGGAGGAAUUUGAAGCGGAUUCUGCAGCCAAGAAAGAUACAGUUGCGAUAUCAAGCAUAUCCCAGAAAAUCGGGAAGUCUGGAUCAUCCGAAAAUCCGAAAGUCACCCUUUCGCACGCAGUAGGCUCAUCUGAUGCGGAAAACAUGGCGCCGUCCAAGAACAAGGUCAUCAAGAAACCUCAACGGGAAUCCAGAGCCGAAGGACAAAAGGCAAUGCGAACCCUGACCUUCAUCGUGUUUGUCUUCAUCGUGACCUGGUUGCCAACCGCCGUGACCGUCACCAUGUAUGCCUUCUUCCCCGAUUUCUACCAGUUCAUCAAGAACAAAGUCAGGUUGUCCGAGAUCACACGCUGGGUAGCUUUCAGCAACAGUCUGGUGAAUCCUUUGGCCUAUGCCAUGGCUCAACCACUCUUUCGACAGACUAUUGUUAAAAUAAUCGGUCGCAGCAAGUUUUGAAAAGUUUGUCCUCUUCUCUAAUUUCUCUCUGACCAGGUUGGUUGUCUUAUUUGAGGGUUUUAAUGUUCAAUAAUGACUCAACGGAUAUAUUAAUCAUUUAUUUUAACGUAGACCAACUAUUAAAUAUCGUACUCCUAACCAGUUUAAUACGUCAUAAUGUAGAACUUUUAAUCACCGCUCACACACUUGCUCUAUUUGUCUAAAAAUUGCCAAGCAUAUACUACACCUCUAUGACUCAGAUCGAGUAGUUUUCUAUUUUAGUCCUACCUUAAACACCCCCUCGGAAUUCUCCCAUGCAGUUGUAGAGGCUUAUUUGCCCCCACACAUGGCCAUGGUUGGUGAAUGUUCGUGAACUAUUUGGUGGGGAACAACUGCCCCACCCCUCUUUACAGCAUUCCCCACCCCUCUCUCUCCCUCUCUUUCUUGCAUGCAUGUUUUUUUCUCUCGCUAUGUUGCCACCUACCGCUAGAACGUGCAUACAUUUUAUCUUACACAACAC